AAAUUAUGUAUGAACAAUAAGGAUAUCAACGUUAUUUAGUCAGUGUUCUAAAACAAUUUUAAAUACAAUGUUCGAGAGAAAGGUUAUCGAAUUUUCGGUCGACAUUAAAGAAUAUUUGGUAAAUGUGGACGACAUAGGUCCUGAAACCACCCUUAAUACAUACCUAAGGACGAAAUCCCAUUUGACAGGAACUAAAAGGAUGUGUGGUGAAGGGGGUUGCGGGGUAUGUACGGUGGCUGUUGAGGAAAUCGUUGAUGGGAAGAAGCAUAUUUUUUCAGUGAAUUCUUGCCUAGUUUCCAUAAUAUCUUGCCACGGUUGGAAAAUACAUACGAUAGAGGGCAUCGGCGACUCUCUUAUAGGCUAUAAUAAAAUUCAAAAACUCCUGAGCGACAAUUAUGGUACCCAAUGCGGCUUUUGUUCACCAGGAAUGGUCAUGAACAUGUUUGCUCUGAAUGAGUCUGGCAAAAUAACCCAAAAACAAAUAGAGAACAGUUUUGGUGGCAACAUUUGUAGAUGUACAGGUUACAGACCAAUUCUUUACGGGUUCAAACAGCUGGCUAGUGAUUCUGAUAAACCCAUCACUGAUAUUGAAGACAUAAAGCUCUGUCCAAACAAAUCUGGACAAAUUUGUAACAAUGAAUGUAAAAAAAGGAAGGAAAAUUUUGUUUUGACAUUUCGAGAUGCGCAAUGGAUGAAAGUCUAUAGCUUAAAGGACUUAUUAGAACUUUUAAGGACUACAUCCAAUGAUUAUAGGCUGGUUUGUGGAAAUACAGCUAGAGGUGUUUUUAAAAAUCUCCAACCUCCUAGCAUCUACAUAGAUGUACGUGACGUUACUGAACUUAUCUCCCACUCAAUAAACGAUACCUCAUUCACAGUUGGAGGUAAUAUUACCAUAUCCAAGUUAAUGGAGAUGUGUAACGAAUAUUCUUCAAAAACGAAUUUUUCCUAUUUGAAAACUGUAGCCGAACAUUUGGAUUUGGUAGCUACUGUCCAAGUUAGAAAUAUCGGCAGCCUAGCAGGAAAUUUAAUGAUGAAAUUUCAUCAUAAUGAAUUCCAGUCUGACAUUUUUCUAUUACUGGAAGCCUUCCAUGCUUCAAUUCUUCUUGUAAAUGUGGACGACGAAGAAUUUUUUGUCAGCCCUAAAGAUUUUUUGAAAGUAGAUAUGAAGAAAACUGUGAUUAAAAAUAUUAUUUUAAAUGCCUUUGAUGAUUCAUACAAAUUUGCUUCAUUCAAAAUAAUGCCAAGAACUCAAAAUGCCCACGCAAUGGUAAACGCAGGAUUUUUGGUACAAAUCAAAAACAAUUUGGUAAAAUCAGCUAGAAUCGUUUAUGGGGGUAUAAAUCCAACAUUUAUACACGCUUCAGCUACCGAGAAGCUACUAAAAGGACAAAAAUUGUACGACAAUGUAACUUUAGCCAAAGUUUUUGAAUCAUUGGAUAAAGAAAUCAUACCCGAUCAUAUUUUACCAGAUCCAAGUCCGGAGUUUAGAAGGAAUCUGGCUAUAUCUUUGUUCUAUAAGUUUGUUCUGAAAACAUGCCCACUUAGCCAGAUUGGAGACAGGUUCAAAACUGGCGGAGCUUUAUUGGAACGCCCCGUAUCCAAAGGAUCGCAGGAAUACGGUACAAUCAAGCAGGAGUGGCCGCUUACGCAGCCUAUACCCAAGUUAGAGUCCUUGGCUCAAACUUCAGGUCAGGCUAAAUAUGUUUUAGACGCGCCAGCUUUACCAAAUGAAGUAUUUGCAGCCUUUGUCGCUGCUAAAGCUCCAGCAGGCUCUACAAUACUUUCUGUUGAUACAUCAUCAGCUUUGAAACUGGAAGGUGUUGUAGCCUUUUACGAUCACAAAGACAUUCCAGGGAAAAAUACCUUUACGCCUCAAGAUGUAGGGCUGUUUCCAGUGCAAGAGGAAUUAUUCUGCAGCGGUACUGUACAAUACUACCACCAACCUAUAGGAAUCAUCGUAGCCAACGAUGAAUUUACAGCUUGGAACGCUGCUGACCUAGUUAAGGUCACCUACAGCAACCCUAAGGAUAAAAUCUAUCUUAAUGUUAAAGAUGUCGUCAACGAUGAUGUAAAAUUUAGAAUUUCUCAUCAGACUACUCUUAUACCCAAGAGUAAAGGUACAAACAUUAAGAAGACCGUGUCUGGAGAAUUCUACGUUGGUCUGCAGUACCACUACCAUAUGGAAGUGCAAUGUUGUAAGGUUGUACCAACUGAAGACAGUGUGGAUAUCUAUCCAUCGUCACAAUGGAUGGAUGUGAGUCAGCUGGCAGCGGCCACAGUUUUGGGGAUACCGUCAAAUCAGAUAAACGUUAAAGUUCGUCGUCUGGGAGGUGGUUUUGGAGGAAAAAUGUUUCGAAACGCUCUAAUUUCAUCAUCAGCCGCUCUUGCAGCCUUCAAACUCAAACUUCCUGUCACCAUGUCGCUUUCUUUCGAAGAAAACAUGAAUAUAAUCGGCAAACGAUACCCCUUGUAUAUGAAAUACCAAGCUGACGUUGAUGACAAAGGAGUUAUACAGUAUUUAAACGCUAAUUUGUAUUCCGAUUUUGGUAUUGGUGGUAAUGAACCAAUUGAUAGUCUACUAGUGAGUGGUUUUGAAAGUGGGUACGAUAUUAGCCAUUGGGAGUUCAGUACAUAUAUCGUUAAAACUGAUACACCUGCUAAUUGUUUUACAAGAAGUCCUGGAACACUGGAAGGCAUGGGUGCUGUAGAAAGUAUUAUGGAACACAUUGCCUACUCUUUAAAUUUGGAACCAAUAGAAGUAAAAUUAAGAAAUACUAGCCCCAACAUCCCUCAAAUACCGAAAUACUGGACCGAUCUCAAAACUUGGGGGAACAUUGAAAAAAGAAAACAAGAGAUUGCUGCUUAUAAUCAAGCCAAUAGAUGGAUGAAACAAGGAUUAGCAGUGGUGCCGAUGAAGUGGGUACUAGAAAUUGUAGCAAACUAUUCUGUUCUCGUUUCAAUUUUUCACGGUGACGGUUCAGUUGCGAUAUCCCACGGUGGUAUAGAAAUGGGACAAGGCAUCAAUACGAAGGUUGCUCAAGUUUGCGCUUAUAAAUUCGGCAUCGACUUGAAUCAAGUCGCCAUUAAACCAAGUUAUUCUUUUGUCGCACCAAAUUCUUCACCAACCGGAGGCAGUUUGACUAGCGAAGCCAUAUGUUACGCUGUAAUAAGAGCUUGCGAUACUCUGCUAGAAAGAAUGGAACCCAUCAAAAAACAAAUGAAAAAUCCGACUUGGGUGGAAGUCGUUAGAAAAUGCUUUGACUCGAGCGUACAACUCACCGCUACUGGAUUUUAUUCGCAAAAAUCUCCAGGUAUUCAACAGUAUCCUAUAUACGGCAUAUGCUCUACAACUGUACAAGUCGAUAUUCUUACUGGGAUAUAUCAAAUUUUGCAAGUUGAUAUCAUUGAAGAUUUGGGUGAAAGUAUGAGUCCUUUAGUGGAUAUCGGCCAAAUUGAAGGAGCAUUCGUUAUGGGUAUCGGUUAUUAUAUGACAGAAGAAAUAAUUUUUGACAAAGAUGGACAACUUUUGACAAAUAGGACGUGGACUUAUAAACCACCUGGAGCCAAAGAUAUUCCGAUCAAUUUCAGAAUAAAAUUCGCAGAGAACAGUCAAAAUCCUGUUGGUGUUCUCAAAUCAAAAGCUGUUGCUGAACCGCCUCUAUGUCUUUCUAUAGCUGUCCCGUUAGCUGUAAGAAACGCUUUAGCUUCAGCUAGACAGGAGUCUGAUACGAAUAGUCAAAAAUGGAUACCGUUCGAUGGGCCGACUACAGUUGAAAAAACUUAUAUGUAUUCGUUAAAUAAUUACAAACAAUAUAUUUUGAAAUAGUUUUAAAUAAACCUAUUUUGUAAUGGAUGGAUGAUAUCACACUAUCCUACCACAGAAAAUUUAAACUUGAUAAUCUUCAUCUAUAUUAUUGUAAAUAUUAUCUUAGAACUUUGAGUAAAUUUAUUACUAUUGUUGUUAUACCUAACAUGAUUGUAAAUAUGACACAUGAAAUAAAUAUGUGAUAAUCUUUUUUUAGGGAGAUUAAAUUAUUUGUAUUUUA